UAACGCUCUGCUUAUCUGUCAGCCUGCUCUAUAGUCUGUACAUUAAUCUUCGGGUACCCGAUCACGUGGUUCAGCUUUUCCGUGCUCAAUCAUGUACACAAAAAGAUUCUGCCAAGAAAAACGAUGACCAAAACCCCUACCCCAACCCACCUACGAUCAACAAUUAAUAACAUGAAUCUCUCUGUUAAUGGCCACCAAAUUUAGUCACCCUCUUCACGAUCAUCAUCAAUUCCAGCAAUGAAAGGCGGGUUUUCAGCGCCUGGUGAUUACAUCUACUUCAAGUCCCAAGUCCCUCUCCACAAGAUCCCUAUUGGCACAAAGCAAUGGAGAUAUUAUGACUUUGGCCCUAAAGUAGUGCCUCCAUUGAUAUGUCUUCCUGGAACUGCUGGAACAGCAGAUGUUUACUACAAACAAAUCAUGGCACUCUCCAUGAAGGGUUAUCGAGUGAUUUCCGUUGAUAUUCCUCGUGUUUGGAACAAUCAAGAAUGGGUUCAAGCAUUUGAGAAGUUUUUGGAUGUUAUUGAUGUCCACCAUAUACAUCUUUAUGGAACAUCACUUGGUGGAUUUUUAGCACUACUUUUUGCUCAACAUAGGCCAAGAAGAGUAAAGUCUUUGGUCCUUUCAAAUGCAUUUUUGGAUACAAAAUAUUUCUCAGCUGCAAUGCCUUGGGCUCCUGUUGUUAGUUGGACCCCUUCUUUUCUGUUGAAACGGUAUGUCCUAACAGGUAUCCCGAAUGGUCCACAUGAACCAUUUAUUGCUGAUUCUGUGGACUUUGUUGUUGCACAGGUUGAGACCCUGACAAGGGAGGAUUUGGCUUCCAGAUUGACUUUAACAAGUGAUGCUGCAUCAGUGGGACCUCUUCUGCUUUCCAAUUCUUUAAUCACUAUUAUGGAUACAAAUGAUAAAGGUGCAACUCCUCGGGAACUUAAAGAUGAAGUAAGCGAAAGGUUUCCGGAAGCAAGAAGAGCUUUGAUAAAAAGUGGCGGUGAUUUUCCAUUUCUUUCACGCCCAGAUGAAGUUAAUCUCCAUCUUAAUUUACACCUGAGACGCGUUGGUGUAGAAGCCCGUGAAGACCUGGUUCCCGGAGUCCCAAAGGGCGACGACAGUGGCGGCAAUGGUGAUGGUGGUGGUGGCUCUGGUGGACCAAAAGAUGAUGGAGAAGAGGAGGGGCCGAGCCCUGAUGGACCUUCUGGUGACGUUGCUCAGCCUGUAAUUGGUCCGGAAAGUAAUGAUUCCGGUGAUGUAGACAUUCAGGUGGUUGGCGGCACCACCGCCGCCAUGAGUGGCGGCUCUCUACCGCCGGUCAUACUUGAAGCAUACUUGAAGCAAUUGAUGGUUGGGUGUUUGGUUGUUUAUUGUCGGAUUCCUGUUAGUUUGUUAACGUUGUACAUGAGUGAUCAGGAUUAUUCUAAGAUUCAUUUGUUUGUGUAAAUGGCGACUUUUUUGUUUGUAAAAUAUUGUUUGGUCCUAGUUUUUUAUACAACAUUUUUUUUUUUUAAAUUCAAGUUGAGUGUAUUUUGUUCC